AUGCGCACCGCCCUACUUUUUGUCGCGUUUAGCGCGAAUAUUUGCCAUGUCUCGGCCCAAUUCCUCGGUUCUUCCUUGUAUUCCGCGCUGUCGGGGUACGGUGGGAUGAAUGAUAUGUGCCGAUAUAUCGCCUGCCCGUUCGGGCAGUACUGCUUCAACGGGAACUGCAUAUCGAAUGGAGCUGGGCUUGGAGGAGGAGGUCUCGGCGGUCUGUCAGCACUCUCGAACGCUGCUGCCCUUUAUUCUGGCCGUCCAGAUUUCGUCGACCCGGGAGGAAUCCAACCCUGCAACCUGAUGCAGCAAUGCCUAAAUGGCCAGAUCUGCGUGAACGGCUACUGUGAAAAGAGCAACGUCGCCUUCGCCGGAAGUCAAGUGGCUCCACAGCAGACUACCUGCAUGGCUGGUGCGGUUUGUCCUGUCGGGGAGUACUGUAUGGGCGGGAUGUGCAUGAAAAACCCGAUGAGCACGACGUUUGCCUGCCAUAACGGCAUCUCCUGUCCAUCGGGGAUGAUCUGCCAACUUGGCCGGUGCCUCGCCAACGGCCUACCCUUUUUUGGUAUGGGCAAACGG